AGCAGCUCUGCACCUCCAUGUGUGUGUGAGUGUGUGUGUGCUGCUGUCACAAGGGGGACAUCGUGGAACACAUCGUAGUCUUCCUCAUCUCGACACAGACCGCGAACAGCUGACCGACGGGCACCGACACGGACAUGGCGACAUCCAGCUCCUGUGUGGUGAUCAGUGAUGAGGAGCAGGGGUAUGACCUGGACCUUUUCUGCAUACCGAAGCACUAUGCUGCUGACCUGGAGAGGGUCUACAUCCCACAUGGACUCAUCUUGGACAGGACUGAGAGACUGGCCAGAGAGAUCAUGAAAGAAAUGGGGGGCCAUCACAUUGUGGCCCUCUGUGUGCUCAAAGGGGGCUACAAGUUCUUUGCAGACCUGCUGGACUAUAUCAAGGCCCUGAACAGGAACAGCGACCGCUCCAUCCCAAUGACAGUGGACUUCAUUCGCCUCAAGAGCUACUGUAACGACCAGUCGACAGGUGAAAUCAAAGUUAUUGGUGGAGAUGACUUGUCUACGCUGACGGGCAAGAAUGUCUUGAUCGUGGAGGACAUUAUCGACACAGGGAAGACAAUGAAGACGUUGUUGCAGCUCCUCAAACAGUACAAUCCCAAAAUGGUUAAAGUAGCGAGUUUGUUGGUGAAGAGAACUCCAAGAAGUGUUGGCUACCGACCAGACUUUGUUGGAUUCGAGGUCCCUGACAAAUUUGUGGUGGGAUACGCGCUAGACUACAACGAGUACUUUAGAGAUCUAAAUCAUAUCUGCGUCAUUAGUGAAACAGGGAAGGAGAAGUACAAGGCAUGAAGAGCACUUCAUAACAAAUUUAAAUCCACUACAUGCUGUAUUCAACCAUAGACUGAUUGCCUUUGAAAGAACCACAUACACAUCAAACAGUAUGAAGACCAGCUUCAUCCCCACACUGCUUAUUUUUUUUAGCAAGUAAUUUAUUCAAAGCAAUGCUGCUAAUUUUAAGUACAGUAUCACAAUUGUUGUGGUAUCGUAAAAUUUCCAAGAUUUUACCACCUUUAUUUUAUAAUGUAUUGCUUUUAUUUUAAUUCUGUUUUUACCAGUGGGCAAUCAAUAGUAGCACUCAAGAAGACAAUGUUCAUUCUCUUGACAUCUGUUUGUAUAUUUUGGGGCAAAAUCCUUUUCUAUGUAACUUGUGUGAGAACACUUUCUUCACAGACUCAGUGUAGAAAAGUAACACAGAUGAUGGCUUCUGUCCCUAAUUAAACACAUUGGCAUGCUGAAGAUGACAUCCUCUUAUUUAAGAGUGUAAAUUAACUCUUUAUUUAAACAAAACACCAAUGCAUCCAAGCUAUUUGUGCAACAUAAAAACAUCAAUCCUGUUUAUGCUGGAAAUUAUUUUAUUGUUUAGAUUGUAACAGGUCAAUUGAAAAUCAGUGAAUCAUCAAAUAAUUAAUCUAAAUGUACCUGUAAUGGAAUUAUUUUUUUUUAAAUAUCAUAUGCUCUGUGAUGCCAGCACUGUAGUGUUGACUGAAGUUUACCAGCCAUUAAAUGUUCACACUUCUCACCUCU